UGAAAAUUUGGGCUGAUAAAAUACUGUAUGGAGUAACAGAGAAAUUAAAUAGAAACCCUCCGUACUAGGGAUACCUCCAAUUAUUUACAUAUAGACUUGAAAACAUGAAGCAAAUGGCUCAUAUACCCCACCUAUAUAUCAAUCAAUUAACCUCUGAGCCUCUCUACUCUCAAAGUAAAAAAAAAAAAAAAAAAAAAAAGAGGAAAAUAAAUCUAAAUCACAUAUUUUCUUUUCUUGGUUCAUAUAACUAUUCCAUAUACAGAUAGGCAAUUGAUUGAUAAAAACAAAGACAUAGAUAGAGAGAAAGAGAGUGUAUAAGAUAUGCUCACUUCUCUUCACCUUCCUAGCCACUUCCUUAACCUUAAAUCAACCGUCUCUCUUUCUAUUUCUUCAUAUCUAUUCACUAAUAAGCUUCAAAUAAACCAUCUUAACAACCCCAUCUUGUUGUUCUUCAACUUCAUCUCUCUACUCAUACCGCGAUCCAAAGGUUAAUUUUUUUUUAAGCCUAGGAUCAACCGUCAAAGAUAACUUAGAACAUAGAAUUUUGUUUUUGCAUAUUGUAAAGUUCAUUAUAGUUGGUUUCUUUGGUUCAUAAAAUGGGGUUGAGCUCAAAACAAGUUUCAAGUGAUAGGCAUGGUUGGAACCAAGCUUUGUUACAAGCUAGCACCUUAGAGCUUACAAAACCACCUCCAUUACUAAAGAGACAAGCACCACAAGUGCAACAACAACAACAACAACAAGAGCCUUUGAAGUGCCCUAGAUGUGAUUCAUCCAACACAAAAUUUUGCUACUACAACAACUACAACAAAUCACAACCUAGGCAUUUUUGUAAGGCUUGUAAGAGGCAUUGGACCAAAGGUGGCACCCUCCGCAACGUCCCCGUUGGCGGUGGCCGGAAGAAUAAGCGUCUUAAGACGUCGAAUGGCGGUACUAAGACCGCUUCGAAAGCUCACACCACCAUCACAACAACCACAAACACAGUUAAUAGCAGCACCACAAAUGACAACAUUAAGACUUUAUUACAAAGCCAACAACAACAACCACCAACAAGGUUUAGUCUCCCUCUUGGAGAAGCAUCAUCACUAAUAAGUACUCGUACAAGUACUUCUUUUGAUGAGAAAAACAGUUUCUCUGAGGCAUUUUAUCAAACACUUGUUAGGCAAUCACCAUCUUCACUACCAGAAACCUCCAUUACCUUCAAUAACAAGAGCUUAAAUGAUGGGAUUUUUCUGGGUAUUUCUCAAAACAACAAUGAUCAAGAACACCUUCAAUUUCCAUACUCAAAUCUUGGAAAUUUUGAGAGUAACCCAUGUUCAAUUUCUUCCUCAAAUUUCUACAAUUAUACAGAGGAUCAUCAUCAACAACCACAAAAUCAUCAAGAUGCUGCAAAUGGGUUGGAAGAUUCAGUGAUGAAUACAAGUAAUAGCAGCUCAAUGAGUGUGAUUGAUAUGUCAAAUAAUUGGGGUUGGGAUGAUUUUGAUAAAUUUGUUUCAGUUGAAGCUGAUCUUACCAUGCCAUGGGAUGAAACAGAGAUCAAUCCACCAGCCACUUGACAGGACAUGCACUAUCAAGUAAUAAUUAUUAAAACUUUAUAUUAUAAUUUUAUAGUAUGAUCUUACAAUAUUAUUAUAUAACUAUAAAUACUCAUAUAUCUGAGUUUACUUUAGCUUAA